AUGGAGGAUAAUCAACGUGGAUCUGGAACUCCUAAGAAAUCUAAGAUUGAAGUUGUUUCCUAUGCUGAUAAACAACUGAAACAUGGCAUGAAAUUUAAAGAGGUGGGUCUAAACUCAAGAAAUGACAUACCACCAAAAGCUAGUGGGGAAAAUACAAGGAAAUGUGAUGAUUAUUGUUGGUCUGACGAUAGCAAGUUUGUAGUUCCGGCAAAGAAAGGAGACCGGGCACAGUUUUCAUCAGAUGAUGGUUCGUUGGAUGCUAUAAACAUCAAGCAAAGUGGUUCAAUUAAGAAAAGGAAAAUGAGUGAGUGGAUGGAUGAUGAGAAACAUAACAAAGCAUUCUACGUUGAAGGUGACAUGCAUCGUGUUAAAGAGGGCAAUGUAAAUAGGAAAGAGAAGAAGUAUACAGUUUUGAAUACAGAGGCAAAACUAGCAACUGAAAGUGAUGAUAAAUUUAUUAAAGAAAGUGGGGUGAAGCGAGUUUUCUUGUCAGACAGCAGGGACAAAACGGCUAUUGGGACAGAGAUGAAAAGUAAUACCAAUAAGGUCCACCAGCCUAGAAAGCACAAAAAAAAUGUUGCUUCUUACCAAGCUUUGGAUUGUUUUGAUCCAUUGGGUAAGGAUUUAGGCUCUGGACAUUUUUCAUUGGCAGCAACGUCAAGUUCUUCUAAGGUUUCAGGGUCUCAUAAAGCUAGAACUAACCUUGAAAAUCUCAUAGGCUCACCAGUAGAAUCUGUUACCUCAUCACCUUUGAGGACCUCCAACAUGGAGAAACGUAUUUUGGCAGCAGGGGGGGACACAUCAGAAAAAGAUGAUGCUAGAAAAGGUGGUCUAUCAAUAAAAAAAUUAGAUUGUAGGGGGGAGAAGUUAUCAGUAAAAAUGGAGAGAAGUUCACACGAUGGUGGUGGUUUACAUCAUGAGGAGAAAAUGAACAAGAGUAAUCACGAAAAUGCACUUUCUUGGCAGAAAUCUGGUAGGCUUACCUCAUUACGGGUUAAGGAAAAGGUCAGAAGUUCUGGUUCUGAGGUUAGUAGGGAUAAGAUGAAGGUUUCACAAUCAGAUAAUGAUUUUUCCCAAAAUGGUGUGAGUUAUGAGUUAGCAGUUGAUCCUAAUAAUCACACUACUGGCACUGAGAUAAGAAAUGAUGAUAAGAACAAUUUCCUGAAGUCCAAACAGAAGAUUGACAAUCUUAGCAAGCAAAGUUCUUCAAGGCAUUGGUCAGAUGAAACUGGAAAACAAACUGAGCUAAAACAAAAAGAUUUUGGGAAUCCAAUUCUGAAAAGGGAAACGUUAUGUAUGGGUUCUAGACCUGCACCCAAGUCACAAAAGGGAGAUCUGUCUAAUGGCCAUCAAGUCCAUGGAUCUGGCAAUGGUGAUGUUCCUAGGUUUGUGAGAGAUGCAGUUGAUGUUAGUUGCAAGACUGGAGUUAAUUGCAGUUCAGGAAGUGUAGUACCCGAGGGACAGCUCAGUGGGUCAAGUUCUGUGACAACAAAUUCUAGCCAAACUGCCUCUAGCAUGCUGGAAAAAGCCACAAAGCUAAAAGAUUCUGCAGAUCAUUAUAAGAACUCUGGUUUUGAGUUUGAAAGUAAUGAGACUUAUUUUAAAGCUGCCUUGAAGUUUCUGCACGGAGCAUCACUUGUAGAAAAAUCCCACAGUGAAAGUAGCAAGCAUGGAGAGACGAAUCAAAUGCAAAUAUAUGCCACUGCAGCUAAACUUUUUGAAUCCUGUGCCCAUAAAUAUGAAAGACGCCAAGAAAUGGCUGCAGCUGCUUUGGCAUAUAAAUGCAUGGAGGUGGUAUACAUGAGAUUGGUUUACAAUAAACAUUCUAGCAUAAACAAGGAUCGCGAUGAGUUAAAGUCAAUUCUACAAAUGGUUUCUCAAGGUGAAUCUCCUUCGUCUUCUGCAUCUGAUAUUGAUAAUUUAAAUAACCUGGCGGCAGUGGAUAAGGCCACUUUGACAAGGGGUUCUAAUACUCAUGUUGCUAACAAUCAAGUCAUAUUCGCUCGGAAUCGCCCAAAUAUUCUCAGGCUUCUGGACUUUACGCAAAACAUAAGUUUCGCAAUGGAGGCUUCCAGAAAAUGCAAGAGCACUUUCAUGGCUGCUAAUUUGGACAUGGAAGAAGAACGGAAUAGGGAUUGCAUAGCUUCGAUUAGGAAGGUAGUUGAUUUCAGCUUUCACGAUGUAGAUGAGCUUGUACAUCUGGUUUUGACUGCAACAAAAGCAAUAACUCGUGCUGGUCUUGGUGGUGUUAGAGAUUAA